GCCGCAUUACGAGGGACCCUGAACGCGUCAAGAGCCUUACAGAACCACGUUAGGGCUGCAUGUCUGGUUCUGUGUCCACUUGCUGUCAAGCUGGGUCUGAAGAGUUCUGGUCAUGGCUCUGAAGAUAAUCCAGAGAUUUCCUCUUAUCAGGCAGUUCGGGAUCCAAUGCUGCCCUCCUGUUGGACCUGUCUGCACCCCCAGGCUCCUGAGGGCCAGCGGCGAGGGUCAGCCCUUAUGUGUAUCCUGCCUGUAUACCUCAGCUGGCGGCUGCAUCUGGAGACAGGGCUGCAAGAAGCUCCAGUUAAGACACCUGACCACCAUAGUUAAGGAGCCGUCCUUUGUGGCCAGCAGCUCUGUUGGACUCCACAGAGACUCGGGACCUCGGUUCCGUCUGACCCAGCUGCACCGGCCCACGGCUGCAGAGGAGCAGGCUUUCCAGCAGCGUCUGGUGGGCUGCUCCUCGUCCCGGCAGGUGUUCACACUGCUGCGCACAGUGGAGAUCAUGUCUGACACCAUGGCUGCAGCAGCUCUUCACCGUGUGGCCGACCUGGAGCAGGAGAGCGGCUCCUUGAGGGAUCCUACAGUUCUGCAGAAGGACACCAUCAAGGCUCUGUGCUUCCAGCUGGAGCAGGACUCUGUGCGGCUGACAGAUGCCGGACUGGUGUCAGCUCUCCUGGCUUGCACCCGCCUCUUCCUGGAUCCUUGGAGCACGCUGAUGGUGCGGCUGGUGUCUGAGAGCCAGGAGAGGUUGGACAGAGGGCAGAUGAGUGUGGGGCAGCUGUGUACUCUGGGCCGGGCGAUGCUGGCUAUAGAGGGUCCCGCCUGUGUGAUGCUGGAGCAGGUGAUGGAGCAAAUGAAGAAGCAGAAGCCCGCCCAGUGGAGCCUCGCAGAUCUCACCGCCGCCUAUAGGUUUCUGGGGUCUAUGGGUCAAGAUGGGAAACAUCGGGACCUGCUGAAUGCCAUGCACUCCCACGCCGUGACAGUCACGUCCCGCAUGGACCCUCCAGCUGUCAGCGGGCUGCUCAGCGCCCUCGUGACCCUGAACCAGACGCAGGCCAUGCCUCUAAUUAUCAACCUGUGUAAACAGGCUGUGCGGCAUGUACCUCACUUCACCGAUGACGAGCUCACCGUUGUGCUCGGGGCCCUGAUGCACUUCGGUCACAGCGAUCAUUACUUUGUGGAGGCGAUGGAGAGGUAUGUGCCCACAAUGACCUUCACCUCCCACCCAGAGACGGUUACCAAGGUGAUUCAGUUCUUCGGCCGGAGGAACAUCCUGUCCCCGACCGUGUUUGACGCUGUUGCGGAGAGCUUUGUGUACCGAGCGGACGACUACAACACCAGCCAAGUGGCCAGGCAGAUCAUGGCUUUCGGGAAGCUCGGCUACCUUCCUCCCAACGCCAGCGAGAUGUUCAGGAAGGUUGAAACCAUCCUGCGUUUGCGCUUUUCACACUUCCAGCCCCGGACGCUGCUCAACAUCCUCCACUCCUGCACCCUGUUGGAGCGGUUCCCUGUUAACUUUGUCUCCAAAGUAUUCAGCAGCUACUUCCUGCAGCAGCUGCAAGAGCAGGGCACAGGAAUGGACCGGAUCGUCCUGGCACAGCUGACCCAGCUCUACAUGACUUUGAAGUUGGAGUGUCCUUUCUAUCAGGGUCCCAGGCUCCACCCCAAGUACCGCAUCAAGUCCUUCCUCAUGUCUGGACGCUCUCUGGAGACGCCGGUGGACGCACAGCUGUACAACUCUGUGAAAAACGGACUGGUGGAAUUGCUCGGGGCUCGUUCGUACUUUGGAUCCAAAGUUCUGACGCCGUACUGCUACACACUCGACGUGGAGAUAAAACUUGAUGAAGAAGGAUAUGUGCUGCCUGCCAGUCACAUUGAUGAUGUGUACAAAAGGAUAGCUCUUUGUAUUGACGGACAGAAGAGGUUCACUACCAACAUGACGCAGCUUCUUGGAAAAGAGGCCAUCAAGCAGCGACAUCUGAGGCUUCUGGGAUAUGAAGUUGUUCAGAUUCCUUACUAUGAAUUUGAAAAGCUGCGAAACCAGACCAGUGUGGUGGAGUAUCUGCACCAAAAAGUCUUCCCUCUCUCUUACAGGCUGAGCUGGUGAUGACACAUCGGAGUUUGCUGUAGAUUAGUUUUGUUGAGCCCUAACUUGCUUGAAGAAACCAGUAUUUAUUUUUUCAAAUAAAAUGUAAAUAAAUAAUGCCUUUAAGUU